CACGGUUCCUCCCCGUGGCGCAUGCGCGGCGGGGGCAGGCUGAGGAAGCGGGCGGCGCUAACGGCUGUCGCGCGUUCUCUCGUCUGGCUUUGCCUAGGGGGUCGCUGCCAUGGUGUUGGAAAGCCUGGCGCGCAUCGUUAAGGUUCAGCUGCCCGCCUACCUCAAGCGCCUGCCUUUGCCCGAGAGCGUCGGCGGCUUCCUUCGCCUUACAGUUUCAGAAUGGCUGCGGUUAUUGCCUUUCCUGGGUGUGCUGGCCUUGCUUGGGUACCUCGCAGUUCGUCCGUUCCUCCCCAAGAAGAAACAGCAAAAAGAUAGCUUGAUUAACCUCAAGAUCCAGAAGGAAAAUCCAAAAGUAGUGAAUGAAAUAAACAUCGAAGAUCUGUGUCUCACUAAAGCUUACUGCAGGUGUUGGCGUUCUAAGACGUUCCCUGUCUGUGAUGGCUCUCAUAACAAGCACAAUGAAUUAACAGGAGAUAACGUGGGACCACUAAUACUCAAGAAGAAAGAAGUAUAGCAAAUGCUUAAUCUACUUGAUCAUGACUGAUAAGUCUUUUGUACCAUUGUAGUUGCAAGGAGCAGCAUUUUAUUAUUAUGUGAUUGUAUGAUUUAGUCCAAUGAUGGCUGUAGAUUUUUUUGGAAUAAACUACAUUUAGACAGUGCUAGAUCUGUCACUGUUCUGAUACUUUAUUCUAAGAAGAAUUAUGUCUGCUUUGUAAAACUGUAAAGUAACUAUUUCUGUAAGUCAGUCAUUUAUUUCAACAAUAAAAUGACUUCCUACAGUUAA